CUCGCUUUUUGUCAAUAGUGAUGAUAAAAUAAACAUUUUCAGUGGUGACAAUAUUUUGAAAGUAGAAAAUGAAGAUAAUUUGCGCAGGAAUGUCAAAAUGUGGAACAAAGUCCAUGCACGUUGCAUUGGAAGAGCUUGGUUAUAUGGUACACGACUUUCCAGACGCAUAUACUCAUUUUGAAAAACAUUAUAGAAAGUGCGCAACCGAAGGGUGGAAUUCAGAAGACUUUCAUCAUAUGUACAAAGAUAUUGAUGCAGUGGUGGAUGCUCCAACCUAUUACUUCUGGGACGAAUUGAUGGAAGCUUUUCCAGAUGCCAAGAUUAUAUUGAUGAAAAGAGAUGAUGAUGAAAUUUGGUACAAAAGUAUUAGAAAACAAAUACUUUCUUUCAAUGGGUUGCAUUCUUACUACUAUCAAUUUCUUUCGUCAACUUGGAGAAAGUUCUUCAAUUUUGCGACACAUCCAUGUAAGCUUGCUUUUGGAUGUAAAACACCAACCAUUUUUGAUAUUAUCCACGUUGCUCCACCGACACUUCCUUACAAGCUGACCUAUAGAAAACAUAUUGCUCAUGUACUUCACAAAUGUCCUAAAGAUCGACUUCUUAUAUACAAUUGCAAAAACGGAUGGAGGCCUCUGUGUGAAUUUCUUGGUAAACCAAUGCCCACUAAAAUUUUCCCGUUCAUUAAUAAAAACGGUGAAUUAAGUGACAUGAUGUGGAAUAUGCCAAUUAUCAAAAAAGCUCGAAGGGAAAUGUUAACAACUGCAGCUACGCUUCUUGUUACUUCCAUGUUCUUCGGAGUGUAUUUAUUUAAAUUUCGGUGA